AUGACGAAGACUGUCGAGGAACCAGCGGUCGACAAAUUGAACCAUGUUCAAUCGGGUGGUGUGCACAAAGAGGCAAAGAAGCCAAGAGUGAAACAAGCGAAAUAUGCGAUGCUUUUGGGCUAUCAGGGCAAAAAAUACUACGGGAUGCAGCUGCAAAAAGAUCUUCCAACGAUUGAAUCGAAACUUCUGGAAGCAAUGGAGAAGGCAGGGUGGAUUACUGCUGCUCAGAGGGAGAAACCCUUCGAUUUCUUCUUUCAAAGAGCCGCCAGGACAGAUAGAGCCGUGUCAGCAGCUAGACAGAUGUGCGGAAUGCAAUUGCCACGAGACGACGAAAAGUACAAAGUGGAUGGUCCUGGCAUCCUCAAUAAUUUGCUCCCCAACGAUAUUCGAGUUUUUGGAAUGAAACGAACCAUCAAUUUCUUCCAUCCGCAGAAACAGUGCGACUAUCGAACCUAUAGUUACACUUGCCCGACGUUUGUCUUUGCCAAGCCCACUGAGCUCACCAACGCGGCAUUCCGAAUCUCAAAGGAGACACUGGCUGAAGUGAAUGACAUUCUCUCGAUCUACAAAGGAACACACAAUUUCUUCAAUUAUACAGCGAAACGAGCCUACGACGAUAUGAGUUCGAAUCGAUACAUUGUGUCAUUCGAGUGCAAAGAACCAUUCUUGUUCCGUGACGAAUUCAGAAAAGAAGACGUUGAAUUCAUUCAAAUCGUCGUCAAGGGACAAUCUUUCGUUCUUCAUCAAAUUCGAAAAAUGGUUGGAAUGGUGAUUACGGUAGUCAGGGAACUCCAUUUGAAAUCGGCAAUUCAACGGUCUUUCGAAGGGCAGAGAAUGGACAUCCCAAUGGCACCUGGACUAGGCCUUCUCCUGGAGAGAACCCACUAUGACAGUUACGACAAAAAGCACUCAAAGGACCAUGAACCGUUGACUGAUUGGGGAGAGAUCAUUGAGAAAGAAGUGGAGAGAACGAAAUUCGAAUUAAUCACAAAAGACAUGCUGGAGACGGAAUUGCUGUCCCAGGGAAUGCUCAAAUGGCUUGCUGAUCUUGUUCAUCACGAUUUCUCAUCGAAUCCAGAAGCCGAGGAGCCCGAGAAGAAGACUUUUGUGACAAUGGCAGCGGCGUGUGCCAACAAAGCGCUGAAGGAGCAAGAAGCGACGUCUUCAGAAGCUCCAGAAGCUUCAGAGGGGGCUCCAGAAGGUGCUCCAGAAGUUGCCUGUGCUCCAGAAGCCGCUGCUCCUGAGCUUGCUGCUGCUCCAGAAAAGCCCCAAAUCGAGGAGGAAGAAAAAGUUGCUGCCGCAGGAUCUUCUUAA